UAAAAAAUGAAAUAGUAUAGCAGUGGCAAAGGUCAUUGAAAGAGGAAUAGACAAAGGACUUCACAAUUAAGUGGGUCGGUCGGUAUUUUGCAAUGAUAGGCUUCUUGUUGAGGCAGUAGCCACUCUAUCCCACCAAACAAAAGCUUGAAAGAUCGUUGCUUCUUUCUAUCCCCUCUUUAUUUGACUCAACUUCACAGAAUUUUGAAGGAUUGUGACUAAAUGCUCUUGUCCAAUUUCACGAGAAAUAGGCUUUUGUCGAAUAUCCAAUUUCAUCUGGCCCAAACGAAAUCGUUUUUUGUAUGCAACGCAAAUUUUUACUGGGGCCAAACCCGACCCGUAAACGAUCCGAAAUAAUCAGGGGCCAAACCCUAAUUUUUGUUGAAGAAGAAGAAGAAGAAGAAGUAGACGAAACAAAAGGUCGUUAAACGGACUUCGGUGACCGCCACUAAUGAUAACAAUAUCUCUCAGUAAGCAUCUGGAUAUCGAAGCAAGAAAAAGAGACAAAGAGGAUGUAGGUCUGGAGAGAUUGGAAUUCCUAUCACUGGUAUCGAAGGUUUGCACGGAGCUGGAAAGUCACUUAGGGUUUGGUGACAAAGUCUUAGCUGAGUACAUAACGGAGAUGGGCCGUAAUAGCGAGACGGUUGAUGAAUUUGAUUCUAAGUUGAAGGAAAAUGGGGCUGAUUUCCCUGAUUACUUUGUUCGUACCCUCCUUACUAUCAUUCAUGCCAUCCUUCCUCCCAUUUCCAAGUCUGACUCUAAUUCCAACACUAAACACUCUGAUGCUCAUGAAAAUUCAAAGUACAGAGCUCUUUCUAUUGCUGACUCUAAGGACAGAGCCAAGGAGCUCGAACGCCAACUCCAACUGGAAGCUAGGGAGAGAACCAAACUUCAGGAAUUGGAAGAGGAUGAUAGGACCAGAGAUAGAAGAGAUAGAAAAAGAGAUAGAGAUAGAUAUUCUCACAGAGAUAGAACUCAUAGAGACGAGAGGCGUAGAGAUAGAGACUAUGAGGAUCAUAGGAGUAGAGCAACUCACAGAGACGGGGAUAGGCAUAGGAGAGAUGGGAGUGUCGACAAUGGUGAAACCCACAGGGAAACUCGUAGGAACAACGGCAGCUAUACUUCCUCUGAUCCUGAACUGUACAGGGUGUACAAGGGUAGGGUGUCUAGAGUCAUGGACUCGGGUUGUUUUGUGCAAUUGAAUGAUUUUAGGGGCAAAGAGGGUUUGGUUCAUGUUUCACAGAUGGCAACUAGGAGGAUUGCUAAUGCUAAAGAUGUUGUCAAGAGGGAUCAGGACGUUUUCGUCAAGGUGAUUUCAGUUUCCGGUCAAAAGUUGAGUCUUUCCAUGCGGGAUGUAGAUCAAAACAGUGGUAAGGAUCUUCUUCCUUUGAAGAAGAGCUCUGGUGAUGAUGAUGAUAGUCUUAGAACUAAUCCAUCAGGGUCCAAGGAGGGGCCAGUCACUAGAACUGGCCUUUCUGGGAUUAGGAUCUUGGAGGAGGAUGAUGCUGUUCCAUCACGUCGCCCAUUGAAGAGAAUGAGCUCUCCAGAGAGAUGGGAAGCAAAACAAUUGAUUGCGUCAGGCGUUUUAGGUGUCCAAGAGUAUCCUAUGUAUGAUGACGAAGGAGAUGGGCUGCUCUACCAAGAAGAGGGAGCUGAGGAAGAGCUUGAAAUUGAGUUAAAUGAAGACGAGCCUGCAUUUUUACAAGGCCAGACUCGGUACUCUGUUGAUAUGUCACCAGUGAAAAUUUUUAAGAAUCCUGAGGGAUCUUUGAGUCGUGCAGCUGCGCUGCAAUCUGCACUUAUAAAGGAGAGAAGAGAAGUUAGGGAACAGCAACAGAGGACCAUGCUUGAUUCAAUACCCAAGGAUCUUAAUCGUCCUUGGGAAGACCCAAUGCCUGAGACUGGCGAGAGGCAUCUUGCCCAGGAGCUUAGAGGUGUUGGUUUGUCUGCUUAUGACAUGCCUGAAUGGAAGAAAGAUGCAUUUGGGAAGGCAUUAACAUUUGGCCAAAGAUCUAAGCUAUCCAUUCAGGAGCAGAGGCAGAGCUUGCCAAUCUACAAAUUGAAAAAAGAGUUAGUCCAAGCUGUCCAUGAUAAUCAGGUUCUAGUAGUUAUCGGCGAGACAGGUUCAGGGAAGACUACCCAGGUAACUCAGUAUCUUGCCGAGGCUGGUUAUACUACAAGAGGUAAGAUUGGAUGUACUCAACCUCGUCGAGUGGCUGCAAUGUCUGUGGCCAAGAGGGUGGCUGAAGAAUUUGGUUGCCGUUUGGGGGAGGAGGUUGGAUAUGCCAUUCGUUUUGAGGACUGUACUGGACCAGAUACUGUGAUCAAGUACAUGACAGAUGGUAUGCUACUUAGGGAGAUUCUGAUUGAUGAAAAUCUUUCUCAGUACUCAGUAAUAAUGCUUGAUGAAGCUCAUGAAAGGACAAUCCACACUGAUGUUCUUUUCGGGUUACUUAAACAGCUUGUGAAGAGGAGACCUGAUCUUCGCUUGAUUGUCACCUCUGCCACACUGGACGCUGAGAAGUUUUCGGGUUAUUUCUUCAACUGUAAUAUAUUCACAAUUCCUGGGAGAACUUUUCCUGUGGAGAUCUUAUACACUAAACAGCCUGAAAGUGACUAUUUAGAUGCAGCUUUGAUCACUGUGCUACAAAUACAUUUGACAGAACCUGAAGGUGACGUACUUCUUUUCUUGACUGGUCAGGAGGAGAUUGAUUUUGCAUGUCAGUCUCUCUAUGAGAGGAUGAAAGGAUUAGGUAAAAAUGUUCCUGAAUUGAUCAUAUUGCCUGUUUAUAGUGCCCUUCCCAGUGAAAUGCAGUCCAGGAUUUUUGAACCUGCCCCUCCAGGGAAGAGAAAGGUGGUUGUGGCAACCAAUAUUGCCGAGGCUUCUUUGACAAUUGAUGGGAUAUUUUAUGUUAUUGACCCUGGGUUUGCAAAGCAGAAUGUAUAUAAUCCAAAGCAAGGGCUUGAUUCUCUGGUUAUAACCCCAAUUUCACAAGCAUCUGCCAAGCAACGAGCUGGACGUGCCGGGCGUACGGGGCCUGGAAAGUGUUAUCGACUGUACACAGAAAGUGCAUACCGUAACGAGAUGUCCCCUACCUCAAUUCCAGAAAUUCAAAGAAUAAAUCUUGGAUUUACUACGCUCACUAUGAAGGCAAUGGGAAUUAAUGAUCUCCUCUCUUUUGAUUUUAUGGAUCCACCUUCGCCCCAGGCCCUCAUAUCUGCCAUGGAACAGCUAUAUAGUUUAGGAGCUCUGGAUGAAGAGGGACUUCUGACCAAAUUGGGAAGGAAAAUGGCAGAGUUUCCUCUGGACCCGCCUUUGUCCAAGAUGCUUCUAGCAAGUGUAGAUCUUGGGUGCAGUGAUGAGAUUUUGACUAUUAUUGCCAUGAUCCAAACUGGUAACAUAUUCUACAGGCCUAGGGAGAAACAAGCUCAAGCAGAUCAGAAGAGGGCCAAGUUCUUUCAGCCUGAGGGAGACCAUUUGACCUUACUUGCUGUAUACGAGGCUUGGAAAGCUAAGAACUUUUCAGGGCCUUGGUGUUUUGAGAAUUUUGUUCAGUCCAGAUCCUUGAGGAGGGCGCAGGAUGUUAGGAAACAGCUUCUCUCUAUCAUGGAUAAAUAUAAAUUGGAUGUUGUGAGUGCUGGAAAGAAUUUCACAAAGAUAAGAAAAGCAAUCACCGCUGGGUUCUUUUUUCAUGCUGCCAGAAAGGAUCCACAGGAGGGUUAUAGAACCCUAGUUGAAAACCAACCUGUUUAUAUUCACCCGAGCAGUGCUCUCUUUCAGAGACAACCAGACUGGGUCAUUUAUCAUGAACUGGUAAUGACCACAAAGGAAUACAUGCGGGAGGUAACUGUUAUAGAUCCCAAAUGGCUUGUGGAACUGGCACCAAGAUUCUUUAAGGUGGCAGAUCCAACAAAAAUGAGCAAGCGCAAGCGUCAAGAACGUAUUGAGCCACUAUAUGACAGAUAUCACGAACCUAAUUCAUGGCGAUUGAGCAAGCGACGAGCCUAAUGUGUCAUAAGAGCUAUUGGGUUGGCAUCUCAAUCUGAUCUUGUAAAUGUACAUAUUCUGGUGGAUGAACUCAUGAAAUGUGGACAGGACGAGGUCUCUGAAAAUUUGUACUUGAUAAGUUGCCUCUGCUGCUGAUAUGUCAGUGAAGUUUUAUGUAAGUUGUUUAUAUUCUUUUUUAUAGUGAUUGAAGUUUUGCUGGAGCA